AGCAGUACAGUAUGGGUUCCGUGCUUGCCACCAGAUUUUAUGUUGAUUUUAGUUAUGGAUUCUGUUUUUGCGUUUUAGUUGAAUUAUAUUAUCUGUUUUUUUGUCUCAAUACCAUGGUUGGAAACAUUAUAGUGUAAUUUAAGUUUUGAAAGAGUUAAAACGGCUCGAUGUUGGUUGUAAAUUUGGUGCUAGUUUUACUGUACAGUAGCCAUACGACAGAGUGCCUAUAGUUUUCAAUGCCUUUAUUCAGGCCCCUUUAUGUUUCACAUUUUUAAUUGUGUUGUGGAUUUAAUUUUAAAUUGAUUAAUUUAUUUUCUGAUGGCACAUUAGACGAAACACAUCAUAAAAAAAAUAUGUUGUAAUAUCUGGUGGCAAGCAUGGAACCCAUACUGUACUGAUUAAAUUUGGCUGUAGAUUCAAUUUGUAUCAAGGUCGUUUUUAUUUCUCUUGGAUUUUUUUUAAUGACUUAAAGAUUCAAUUCUUAGAGCAUUUCAAAACAAGACAAAAAAACUCCAUUCCACUGAUAACGUUCAUAAUUUUAGACAAUUUAAGAAUUGUAGCUCUGAUCUACUAACCUUCCCAAAUGUGUUAUUACUGGUUAACUACAGGAUACUUAACUUUACCUCAAACAUAAUACAUACUUUUAACAGUAAGCUUACCAUGUAUACGUUUAAUUGGUUUGGUAAUUAUAAUUUUUUUUUUUUGUGUAUCUACUUGUGUGCUCUGUCGGGUUUAGGGUGGGUGUUUGUAAAAGCACUCUGUGACAACUUUGUUUUAAAGGGCUUUAUAAUAUAAAUUAGAUUGACUUUGAUAAGAGCAGCAAAAUCACAUUCAACGUACGGCUCUCAUGGGUCAUAAUCAGUAAAUGUAGCAACUGAAUUGUGUAAGAAUGAGUUAAAUGCAGUAUAUGAUUGUGGCAGUCUUGGAGGACUGAAAUGACUUGCAGUUGAAGAUUGCAUGUUGUUCAAGUUCUUUUUUGAAGUUAAGCUGAACUAACUUAUUAAACCACCCUAUUUUUAACAAACCAAUAUAACUUCCGGAAAUACCAUUAUGAAUUGGCCAGCUGGCCAUAUUAUGACCUUUCUUUGUCUGUAGAUUACACUGGUUUGUCCCCAGAUUGGACAUCCAUGUGUACUUAUUGAUACACUAGUUGGUCAGGGUUUUGUCCCCAGAUGGGACUUCCUGUUAAUGCCCAUAUAAGGAGUUGUCCCUGUGUCCCUGUGUCCCCACAUGUGUUAACCUGACCUGUCCCCAGAUUACCACCUACCCUUAUUUUAAUGAAUUAAUUACAUUUAAGAGAGGUAUUUAUUAAACUUUUUUUUUUUUUUUUGAUUUUUUGAUGUGUUUAUCUAGUCUCUAGGAUGUCAGGAAAGUGGUGUCCCCAAAAUGUAGUAAAUAACUGGUGCCCCCACGAGGCACCCCAAACAAGUAUGUGUGUGUGUGUACGUGCGUGCAUGCAUGUGUUAUUAAGCUAACUGUGAAUUGUCAUUGUUUCUGUAGGGUGGAUGAACAGAAAGGGUUAGCUGUAGGGAAGACAUACAGAAAUGCAAACCAAGCCCAAGUCUUCAUGCACUACAUAGCAGAGGUUGAAAGGAGGAAGGUAAAGGAGGAGAUAUCUGCCACCAAGUUCAUCUCCAUAAUGGCAGAUGGAUCCACAGACAGUAGUGUAAUGGAAGAAGAGUUGGUCUACACUAGAAUGAGCAGAGCAGGAAAAGUCAAGGUGCAGUUUGUGGGGAUCCAGGCAUUGAAAAAGGCAGAUGCAGCACAUAUAACAGAUGCAAUAUGCUCCCAGAUGUCUGCAGUCAGUGGUGGUGAGGAGGAAUGGAAGGAAAAGCUAGUUGCUUGUGGGACAGAUGGAGCGGCCGUUAUGACAGGAUCCAAGACAGGAGUUGUCAGCAGGCUUCGUGGGGAAAGGACGUACAUUUUAGGAGUCCACUGCAUGGCACACCGCCUUGAGUUGGCAUUUAAAGAUGUAAUGAAGACCAACAGUCAUUGUAGGAAAGUUGAGGACCUCUUGACUGGCCUGUUCACCCUCUAUCACAGGAGUCCACUGAACAGAGCCAAAUUAAAGGACAGUUUCUCAGUGCUAGGGAUAAAACCACUGAUGCCCACCAGAGUAGGAGGUACAAGGUGGGUCUCUCACCUAUUGAGGGCCUUGGACCAUUUCUUAAGGGGGUUUAAGGGGAUUGUUCAGCACCUUGAGCAGAUGCAGUCACCAGACGAUGAAGGGGUAAAUGCUGCUCAACAGAGCAAGGCACGAGGGUUCUACAAGCUGGUGACAGAUGGAGAUGCUCUUAAGUUCAGCAGUUUCCUGCAUGAUACGUUGACUCAUCUUAGCAACCUGUCAGUGAAAUUGCAGCAGUCAUGUUUAACAGUAGCUGACGUCCACAGUUGCCUGACUUCCACCCAGGCUGUGAUCCUCAAAUACAAAUACAGACCUGGACCGAUGCUGAGGAAGGUGUUGGAUUCCAACACUUACAUGGGUGUUAACCUGAGACAUAGUGACACCAGCCACAUGAUGGCUAACAAAGACAAACUUCUGGACAAGCUGUCCGACAGCAUGGACAACAGAUUUGGGGAUGUGGAGUCUGGAAUCCUGAGCGAUACAAAGAUAGUGAGCUUCCAACAAUGGCCUGAUCCAGAAAACAGUGCAGACUUUGGUGAUUCAGAAGUGGACAGGCUCACAAGUCACUUCAAGCCGAUAUUGAUCUCUUCUGGAGUUGAUGUCGGUCUGAUUGCAGACCAGUGGACCAUCAUCAAGUCCUGCCUCUACAAGGAGCCACAGACACUGGAGAAAAUCACCUGGGCUGAAGUUAACAGGAUGCUGAGGGAGACAUGCCCUGACUUCCUGGACCUUGUGGAUCUGGUGUUAUGCAUGCCUGCAUCAACAGCAGACUGUGAGCGUGGGUUUAAUGUAAUGAAGAUGGUGAAGUCUGAUUGGCGGUCCAGUCUCAAAUGUGAGACACUGUCUGACCUGCUCUUUGUCCAUCUGUCCUCCCCCUCAAUCAAAGACUUUGACCCUAGCACAGCAGUUGAGAUGCCAGCAGCAUACGGUCAAGGAGACCAGACCUCAUGGAAGAUGCAGCUGCAGCAGAGGUGGAGGAAGAGGAGUGCAUCUGCUCCUUUUUUGUGGACUCAGAUUAGCAGCAGUCAGUAUAUAUGACUAUGACAUAUGAAUAUGUCUGUGUGACAGCAAAUCAAUAAAUUAAAAAGAUUAAAAAAA